AUGGAAGAUCGUGGUAGACUUUUACAGCAAUAUACAGUAGAUGUGCAUGUUAAGAUUGAAACGGCAAGAUUUGAUUAUUUUCGUAAUAAUCAAAAAGUUAUAAGAGCUAAACUUUUCCAAGAAAUUGUAGAUAGUAUACAGAUUGGUAAGAAUAGAGGUCAUAAAGUUGGUAAAUCAAUGGUGUUACCUGUAGUGUUUAUUGAGGGUCCAAGAAAUUUGAUUAAAAGAUAUAUGGAUAUAAUGUCUUUAGUUGAGAGUUAUGGAAAACCUAAUACCAAAAAGAUAUCCUUCCCUGCAUGGUACUAUGAUCAAACAUAUGAUGCAUGGUCCUUGUGGAUAAUUAAAUCCUACAAAUAUUUGCAUGAAAAACAACCAAACUUACAUCGUAGCGAUGGUAUUGCUAUUAGAGUCAGAGGAUGCAUGCUAGAUAAUAGACAGGUUGUACCAUAUAAUUCUCAUAUUUUAGCUAAAUAUGACUGUCACAUUAAUGUUGAAAUAUGUUGUUCUGUUAAAGUUGUCAAAUACUUAUACAAAUAUGUAUACAAAGGAAAUGACCUUGUUAAUUUUACUGUGAAUAAAGAAACCAAAGAGCAUUAUAUUGAUGAAAUUUCGAAUAAUCAAACUGUUAGACGGAUAUCUGUGCCAGAAGCCAUCUGGAGAAUUUUUGGUUUUGAUUUAUUGGACAUAUUUCCUUCUGUACUUUCUUUGCAGUUACAUGUUGAAGAUGCUCAGUUGGUUACGUACAAUGAAAUUGAUGAUUUAUCAUAA